GAUGAGAAGAAAAGGUUGCAUAAGUCGGCGUCAUCAUCUUCGUUAAUCAUCAACAUCAGCUGGUUUUAAAGUCGAGUCUCCACGCCAACCCGACUCGACUGAUAAGCUACUUAUCUCGGCGGGAGCCGAGUACUCGAGCUUAAUUCAAUCAACUUCCAGCUGGAAUUAGUCCCACCUAGUUCCAAUUGAUAAGCCAUCAAAAUUUAACGAUGCAAUUUGUUUGACCCCAAGACACGUCUUGGUCGUUGAUCUUCAUUUCGAGUCAAUAAUUUGUACUCAACUCAAUCGAAUUGGUCCAGAGAGUCGUAUUGUAGGACCGCGGACUGCACUUUAAUUGAGCUUAAUCGAAGCUGGUUCACACACAAUAUGCGACUUCAAGUGCUUGGUUACUACAGCUAGUUGUGAAGUAGUUGUAUCGAAGAGUUGAACUCAGAAGCGAUAAAGUAUGAAUUUAGUGGCAUGCGAGCUAUGACUCUUCAUAAACUGGGUCUAACAAGAUUUGGCUUAUUUUGUUGAGUAAGAAGACUCUAAUUAACACCACUGACUAGCGCAUGAGAUAAUGCACAUUUCCAGGUCAGAUUGGCGUGACGACAGGUUAGUAUAAUAUCCUUGAGAGAUGUUCAACUGUUUAUUGACUUGAAUAUUUAUCAAGGAUAUUGAACUUGGCUAUAUGCAACGAAGUCGAAAAUUAUCUAUAAUUCAAGUAUAUAAGCUGGAAGCAUCUCCCAAAUCAUCACAGUGUAGCUUCCAACUUCCAACUAGUCAAAUCGAAAAAUAAGAAUUAAAAUGAACCCCCUCAUCGCACUUUCGAUCGCCCUGUUCGCAGCAGUUCACGCAGCUCCCCAAAGCUCCGGAACGACUCCGGUGCCGAUCCUGAGUGAAAAUUCCAACCUCCAGCCCGACGGAAGCUUCCAGUUUGCGUUCCAGUCGGGCGAUGGUGUCCAGGUGCAGAAUCAGGGCACACUGAAGGAGAUUGAGGUGCCGAAGGCGGACGGAAGUGGCACCGAAAAGGAGCAAGUCAUUGUUCAGAGCGGUAGCUACUCCUAUCAGGCGCCCGAUGGACAGCAGAUCACGGUGACCUACACCGCGGACGAGAAUGGAUUCCAUCCGCAGGGAGCGCAUCUGCCGGUGGCGAAUGCUAAUGGACAAUAGGUUGUAGUUGUAUGAUUCUUGAAGUUAUCUAAUAUAAUUUUGCUGUUUUAUUUACUGUUGAGUUUUUAUCCCUUCCAAAAAAAUCCUAUUGAAAUAAAAAUUCAAAGGAUCGUUUUGCGACGAAAUCCAUAAAAAGAUUCAUUUGAUUUGUUUUUUUUUUUUGCAUAAACAUCGGGGAGGCCUCAUGGCGAAAUCCAGUCUGCAAACCGCUGAAAUAUCACCGUCUCCUAGCGAAGCAAAGUGGAAAAAAUGGAUUGCGCAAAAUAACCAAUUUUGAAUAAUUCCAUUUUCGGAUGUUUUUUUUUUAAGAUGUCAAAAAAUGUCAUUUUUUCAGCUUCAUUUGGCAGUGCUGCCAUUUUUUUAAAUGUCGUAUUUUUUUAGAAACUUUUAUUUUAACUUCAUUUUAAAAUGUAAAAUCAAAUGUGCAAUCGAAAAGUACUUCUCGUUAGUUUUGAUAUCGUGCAUCGUUUUCGGUUUUUAUUCACAGAUUUUUAUUUUUUAUUUUUGAUGAUAAUGUGAUAAUGUGAAAACGAGGUUUUUCUUUCAACACGAGCAGGGCUGCAAAAAGUCACGUUAUCAACAACAAAUAGAAGUUGGAUGGCUUUAACUUAAACGAUGCACGGUAUCGAAAUUUGUGUAUUAUACUUUUCGAUUGCAAAUUUGAUAAUUCAUCUUAAAAUGACAUUUUUUUACAUUUUUAAACGUUUUUAACCCUCUAAAACCCAACCCCGCCUUUAGACGAGCUUCGAUUUAAAAAAAAAACGCCAAAAAUCAAAAUUUCAUUGGAAAGAAGAACUCUUAAAAUUUUAGAAAAUUUAUGGGUUUGAAGUUUAACUUGUUUUAUAUG